GCUCCCGCCCUGUCCAUGCGGUCUUCAGACAUGGGUGUUGUGAGGCUCGCGCCGCCGCUGUCCAUGAUGAUGCUGGUGCUGCUGCUGCUGCCAGUGGCCAGUGCCUCGGAAGCUGAGCACCGCCUGUUCCAGUACCUGUUCGAAGAUUACAACGAGAUCAUCCGGCCGGUGGCUAACGUGUCCCAUCCUGUCAUCAUCCAGUUUGAGGUGUCUAUGUCUCAGCUGGUGAAGGUGGAUGAAGUAAACCAGAUCAUGGAAACCAACCUGUGGCUGAAGCAAAUCUGGAAUGACUACAAACUGAAAUGGAAACCCUCUGACUACCAAGGGGUGGAGUUCAUGCGAGUCCCUGCAGAGAAGAUCUGGAAACCAGACAUCGUGCUUUACAACAACGCCGAUGGGGAUUUCCAAGUGGAUGACAAAACCNAAGCUCUACUCAAGUACACAGGAGAAGUGACUUGGAUCCCUCCGGCCAUCUUUAAGAGCUCAUGCAAAAUCGAUGUGACCUACUUCCCGUUCGACUACCAAAACUGCACCAUGAAGUUUGGCUCCUGGUCCUACGACAAGGCAAAGAUCGACCUGGUCCUCAUUGGCUCCUCAAUGAACCUCAAGGACUACUGGGAAAGUGGCGAGUGGGCCAUUAUUAAAGCCCCNGGCUACAAACAUGAGAUCAAGUACAACUGCUGUGAGGAGAUCUACCAAGACAUCACGUACUCGCUGUACAUCCGCCGCCUGCCGCUGUUCUACACCAUCAACCUCAUCAUUCCGUGCCUGCUCAUCUCCUUCCUCACCGUGCUUGUCUUCUACCUGCCCUCCGACUGUGGGGAGAAGGUGACGCUCUGCAUCUCCGUGCUCCUCUCCCUGACUGUCUUUCUCCUAGUGAUCACCGAGACCAUCCCUUCCACCUCACUGGUCAUCCCCUUGAUCGGGGAGUACCUCCUCUUCACUAUGAUUUUUGUCACCCUGUCCAUCGUCAUCACAGUCUUUGUGCUCAACGUGCACUACAGAACUCCGACCACUCACACGAUGCCCACUUGGGUCAAGGCCGUGUUCUUGAACCUGCUCCCCAGGGUCAUGUUUAUGACUAGGCCGACCAGCACCGAGGCAGACGCUCCAGAGACGAGGACCCUCUACGGUGCUGAGCUNUCAAACCUGAACUGCUUCAGCCGUGCAGACUCCAAAAGCUGCAAGGAAGGCUACCCCUGCCAAGAUGGGACAUGUGGCUACUGCCACCACCGUAGGGUAAAAAUCUCAAAUUUCAGUGCCAAUCUCACAAGAAGCUCCAGUUCUGAGUCUGUCGAUGCUGUGUUGUCUCUGUCUGCUCUGUCACCAGAAAUCAAAAUUCAAGAUGAUUGGAAGUAUGUUGCCAUGGUGAUUGAUCGCAUUUUUCUCUGGGUUUUCAUCCUGGUGUGCAUUUUAGGAACUGCAGGAUUAUUUCUGCAGCCCUUGAUGGCCAGAGAUGACACAUAAACUGUGACCUGUUCGCC